GUAUCGCUACGAGGUCGAACUAGUCAUGAAUGCGCAGACACCUUAGUUGCACGCGGUUGCGCGGCCGUCACCUUCUCGACCAGUCAUCAAGUGGCUAGUUAGCUGGUUGGUUGGAAAACUCGUCUUAAUCAGAGUAAAGAAAGCUUGGAACCAAGUAGAUUCCAUCAAUCUGUAAAAAUUAAAAACAAAAACAAUCAAGAACGUUUACAUCCAGCUUAUUUUUAAUAAUUUUUAAAGAGUCAAUUCGUUAAACAGCUUUCGUUAAAUCCUUAAGUCUUUACAUUUUUUAAUCAAAAAAUCAAAAGUAGGAACAAUCGCGAUGAAUCGCAUGAUGAAAUUUGCUAUCGCUGGUCCAUGUUUGUUGAUAUUUGCAAUACUUUUUGGAUUUGUGGCCUUUCCUAAGCUUUUAAAGGGUGGAAUUCAUAAAAUGGUAAAUUUGAAACCUGGAACUGAUGUACGAGCAUUGUGGAGUAAAAUUCCAUUUGAAAUCGAUUUCAAAAUUUAUUUAUUUAACGUAACAAAUCCAAAUGAAAUAAAAAAUGGUGCAAAACCUAUAGUUAACGAAGUUGGACCAUACUUUUUCGAAGAGUGGCAUGAAAAGAACGAUCUGAUCGACAACGAUGACGACGAUACCGUUAUUUACUCCCCAAAAAAUACAUUUUAUUUCAACCCAGGAAAAAGUAAUGGGCUUACUGGUGAGGAGGAACUUAUGCUUCCACAUAUAUUUAUUUUAGCCAUGGUAUUUGCCACUAUGAGAGAAAAACCUUCAGCGGCACCUUUAAUAAAUAAGGCAAUUAAUAGUAUUUUCAAGAAUCCCGAAAAUGUAUUUAUCAAAGCGAAGGCUAUGGAUUUAAUGUUCCGAGGUUUGCCCAUCGAUUGCUCUGUAACUGACACUGCUGGAUCAGCUGUUUGUAGCUUGUUGAAGGCCAAUACGGACGAUCUCAUUGUCGAUGAUCCAGAUCACUUUCGAUUUGCACUUCUUGGAGCGAAAAACGGCACAACGAGCAAAAAUCGCAUAAAGGUAUUGCGAGGAGUUAAAAAACUAACUGAUAUCGGUGUUGUAACUGAAUUAAAUGGCAAGAAAAAAAUGACCGUCUGGAAUGACAGUAAGUGCGAUGCUUAUCAAGGCACUGACGGCUAUGUAUUUCAUCCGUACCUUUACGCCGAUGAAGACAUUGUUUCAUUCGCUCCUGAUUUGUGCCGCAGCAUAGCCGCUUAUACCGAAUCUACUUUUAAGAAAAAGGGACUGCUUGUUAAUCGAUAUACUGCGUGGCUGGGAGAUCCUGCUCAACAUCCCGAGCAAAAGUGUUAUUGUCCAACACCAGGUUGUCUCAAAGCAGGCAUGAUGGAUCUUCAUAAAUGCGUCGGCGUGCCGCUUGUAGCCUCGCAUCCUCAUUUUUUCAGAGGUGACAAAGAAUAUUUGCAAAUGGUCGAUGGACUUAGUCCUAACAAGGAAAAUCAUAUGAUAUAUAUCGAUUUCGAACCCUUCUCUGGAACACCUUUGGAAGCACGAAAACGAUUGCAAUUCAACAUCAUGAUACAUAAAGUUGAAAAAGUCAAAAUGAUGAAAAAUUUCCCCGAGGCUAUGUUACCUCUAUUUUGGGUAGAAGAAGGUCUUGUUAUACCCAACGACUUCGUGAAGCAAGUUAAAAUGCUGCAUAUGGUCGUUAAAGUGAUGAAAGUACUAACGUGGAUAAAGAUAUUGGCUGGAUUAGGAAUGAUUGGUUAUGCUGGAUUUUUGUACUAUAAAUCAACACUUUCGAAAACAUCUGAAGUAACAAAACCGCCAAAAUAUCGAAAUGGUAAUUCUCAAAUGUCGACAGUUGAUACUAAGAAUUUACAUUCUCAAAUGUUACCACCUAUUGAUUGAGCAAUGUGGAGACAUUUAAAAGUUUAAAUACAAUUUCAUACUUUUAUCUUGCGUUUAUUUAAUUAUUAACAUAUAUUUAUUAAAUUUCUUAUAUUAAAAUAUUUAAUUAAUCGGAAAUCGUUAGUUAGAAGUUGAGAACGUUGGAAACAAGUAGAGAAUAUAUAAAAUACGUAAAGUAUUAUUUGGAAUAUCUAAAGUAAAAUGGAGAGAGGUAGUAUGACUUAUAAUUGACUAUUGCAAAUAGAUUUUAGUUUAUUUUCGAAGCAUAAUAAGUGUGAUAUAUGUAAAUUUACUAGAAGAGAAUUCACUGUUCUUAAAAUUAGUCUGCAAUGUAGAAACUCGUUCUUAACUAUAAUGUUGAAUGGUGAAGAUUUGUAGUACUAUAUAUUGGAAGAUAAUAUAAGUACUCUUUUUAUUGUAUACAGCAUAAUUACUAUUAAUUCAUAAGUCUUAAAUUUGUA